UUCAACCUUGCAUAUUUAAAAUGGACUUGCUUCGAGUAACAUCAAACGAAAGAGCUCAAAUUUUGAAGCUUUACAACAUUAGUGAGGCCCAAAUUAAACAACAGGUUGAAAUUGUUAAAACUUGGAAAUCUAAACAACCCCAUUUAGAGGCAGAUUUGAGUGAUGAUUUUAUCGAAAAAAUAUUAAUAAAAAAUAAAUUUAGUGUGGAGCGGUGUAAGGAGAAGAUAGAAAAUUACUACACACUGCGUGGGGGGAACUUAGAUUUAGUGGAAGGGUGGGAAAAAAUUGUUCCAUCCAAGCUGGCUUUAACAUUUUUGCCGCUUGCCCAGUUGACAAAAAACUGCGAGCGUAUUGUCAUCAUGAAAUUGAUAAAUCCUGACCCUAAGGCCAUCGACGUGGUAAAAACAUUAAAACUGACAUUGGCCAUUAGUGAAUUAAUGUUGCGAUAUGAUGGUGGCCUAGGAAUUCGGUUUUUGAUGGAUUUUAAAGAUUUUACGUUAUCACAUUUGGCUACAUUCAAUCCUCUUGUUUUGAUGAGAUAUAACAAUGUUGCUGAGAACGGCUACUCUAUGCGAAUUUUGGGCUUGGAAUUAGUCAACUGCCCCUCGUAUAUUAGUAAAAUUACUGCAGUGUUUCGGUUGUUUCUACGACAAAAAAUUUACCAAAGGAUAAAAUUUCACGAAGAUUUGACUACUCUUCACGAGGCAAUAUCGAAGGAAUAUUUACCUGUUGAAUAUGGGGGUACUAGUGGUGACAAAAUUUCGGGUUUAUUAGGAAAAUGGGAUAACGAAAUGGAGAAACAGCAAGAAUUUUUAUCACAAUGUCUGAAAAUUGUUGCAAAUGAAGAAUUGCGACCACCUGAAAUACACAAUGUGAUGAAUGGAACUUUCAGAAAACUUUCAGUUGAUUAGAUGUUUUUCAUUUAUUUCCAAAAGUAAUAUGGUGUUUAUUAUAGAACCAAAAAUAAAGUUUUUUUUUCUUUUUCACAA